UAUGAUUACAUUUUGCAGGUAGGAAGGGAAGCUUGAGACCUCAGUGAAGAUGUCAAGAGAGCUGCUGUUUCUCCAUGGCAACCAUUAUCAAAUACCUACUAUACCAGCACUGGGACUCCGUUCUUGGAAUUUCAAUGUCUCCUCUUAUAUCCAAUCUCGAUCAACAAAGGACCACAAAGAAAAGCCAAGGAGAAGUUCAUCACUUAAACUGGAAAUGCUGCCACUUUUGAGAUCCAAUACAAGAAGUCAUAGAAAAUCCGCAUCACUGACAAUAGUAGCAGCGGCAGCAGGAGGAGGAGUGCGGCUGCCACCCCUUGAUUUGACAGAAGACAACGUUAGACAGGUCUUAGCUGAUGCUAGACUCGAGUUUGGACAGCUUUUUGACACUUCAGUUGGCAUGACAGGACAAGCUGAGCUUGCUGAAUUGGAUGGACCCUUUGUGAAGAUAAGCCUCAAAGGUCGAUUUUGGCAUAAACGUUCCACAGUUCUUGCGAGACUUGGCAAUUAUUUGAAGCAAAGAAUCCCUGAAAUUUUGGAGGUAGAUAUAGAAGACGAGAAACAAUUGGAUGAUAGCCCUGAGAAUUUUUGAGGUACUUGGUGUUGUCAGUAUCAGUGUUAUGCUUUGAUUAUUGUUUCAAAACGAGCAAUUUGAAGUGCCCAAAGCAACACUGUGGCCUUCAAGCAAGAUUGCUGGAAAAAAAAAAAGCAAAUUUGAAGUGCUUUCUUACAUGGGACUCUGCAAAAAUGUCAAUGAGUUGUACUGUCAUAUGGUGGAAAUCAUACACAAACUUAUGGAGUACAAAAUUGAGCCAUCUACAUCAAAUGGGGUGAUAUGUGACAUAUUCAUUCUGGAAGUGUAAUGCAAGCAAGGAAUCCACCAUAUAUCGCGUUAUGGAAAUUAUCCUGCACAUAUUCUAGCUAAGGUCUUGUUUAGUUUAAAUUGUUUAUUAUUUUUAGAAAGUUCACUUUUCACAAAUUUAUUAUCAUAUAUCUAUUUUUUUUUAUUUU